GGAAGAGACAGCAGAGGUUUUUGGAUCCGCAUUCGGGCCAGUGUGGAGUGCAUCGCUGAACAUCACAGCCUGGAGCACACGGGACGGUGGGUACCUGGAGAUGGAGCGGCUGCAGCUGAGCGGCUCCGUCACUGAGCACCUGCUGCCUGAGCACUGGCCCAGGAGCAGCUUCGUGGUGACACUGCGAGGGCUCACGGCUGCUGGAGCGGGGGCUGCAUCGCGGUGGGAGUUUGCACCCAGCAGCUCAGACACUGCACAGCCUCUUGACAUCAGCUGCACCAGCGUGCGAGACGUCUCCCCAUCGCGAGGGACGGCCGUGCUCCCGCUCCGCCCCAUUGCUGUGCUCCCCGAGGAGGACAGGCAGCACCAGCUCAUCGUGGUCGCCGCACAUAACGGCACGGUGCUGGAAGGCGUCUGCUCGGGGCAGCCGCAGCCCUUCAACGCCAGCCAGCCGCCCGACACCUACGUGGCCGCCGUGCUCAACCUCUCGGCCCCCAUGGACUUUGUGCUGGGUGAUGGGGCCCACGGGCAGGGCUACCGCAACGCAGCCCUGCAGCCAGGACGGCACUACACGGCCCUUCUCCGCCGCGCCUGCCGCUCACAGCAGGCAGAGAAGUUCACCUGUGUCUGCUACAGCGUCUCUGUUGUUGCAGGGUUGUCUCCUGGUUCAUGGCAUGGGACUGUGAUUGGGGUGGUUGUGCUGUUGGCACUCCUCCUGGUGUCUGCAGGGAUCCUGUGUUUCAUGCUUUCCAGGAAAAGGAAUUCUUCACCCAUCAAAGCUAAAGAGGAGAAUUAAAAAGGUAAAGGUGGCCAGGUGGAGAUCAGUUACUCCGGCUCCUGUCCAGAACCAGAGGAGAUGUUCAGGGCAUUGAGGAAGUGGAGAAGAUGGGGAAGGAUAACCCCAGCUCAGUGUUGAUGGCUGCUGGACCUCUUGGCUCUCCUGUGACUGUGACCAGCAUGGAGAGUCCCAUCCAAUCCAUCAGAGCAGAAGGAAAACAGGAGGCCAAGGAGGACUAUUGGGUUUUUCUUUCCUCACCUCUUUCACUCUCCAGUUUUCACUUGCUACUGUUUUAAGGGCUUUGAAUAUGACUUUCUAUAGAUCCUUUUUAAGCUUUGCUUUCAUUUUUGCUUUCCUGGAAGCAGUAACUGUAUGUCAGAUUUCAUAGCUGCCAACUCACACCAGGCUCAGACUGAGGGAUGGUCCAUACAGCUCCUGUGUCCUGGGUUCCCAAUCCCUCUCCCUGCUCUGUCUGCUGAUAUUCAGCCAGGGCUCAGCUGGAGCUUGGCCUGACUGGGUUGCCUUCGUGCCUCUGCCUGCUCUGUCUGGACAACCAAUAAAGGCUUGUGUUUUGGAGGAGGCUGCC